AGAAAAUAAAAUUCACCCUGUCGACUUGGUGGACACCCUACCCUUGCGUGAGGUUGAAGGCGAGUCUCCAUGUGCUCAAUAAAUCAUGAAAACAGUGAAUGUAUUUGUCCAAACCAUAACCUCACAUAAUACCGGUACAAAUAAAUUGAAAUAACAUUUCUUUGUCAGUAUUUGAAACCGUUAUUGAAGAUUACUGAAGAAGCUCAACUUAUCAAAUACUUCAGAAUGUCAACAGUGCUUCGGGUUAAGCGUCGAAUCGAUGAUGAACCCCUGGAUGUCCUCUUAAUUGCAUGUAAGAAGAGAAAAGUCGAAGAAGCAGAAGCUGUUGGGAGCGAUGAAUCCGGUGCUGUCACUGCUGUUGUCAAAUUUGCUGGAACUGUCCAGACUCAGGAGGAGGAUCUGGCCCAUCAUCUCACCAGGGCAUUGAGCAAAGAUGAGUUGAAGGCCAAUUAUAAACAGCACAUCGUUGAUGUCACCAGCAAAUCGCGAAUUAAAACGCAAGAGAGAUCUAAAGAAAGUCGAUACAGAGUUGUAAAUUGCUACAGAUCAAUUGGAGGUCCAGCCAUUGAAAAAACUAAUAGCGAUGGGAUGACUGUCAUUGAUGUCGAGGAUUCAGUCUCUUGUUACAAAAAGAAAUCUGGGGACAGGGACGAAAAAUAUGUUUACGAUCUGUAUUAUACUCAAACUGAAGAAAAGCUGGAGCCUGAGAAUGAUUUUUCAGUCCACAUCCUUGAUCAAGAACUGGUCUUUGACAAUUAUAGAGAUCCUGCUAAUAAAUCAGAUGCUGAUGAGUCCGAGGACUCGAACUCUGAAUCAAACUGGAGAAAUGAAUAUCCAGACUCCGAGCACUCCGAUGAUUCCAUCAACGAGGACGACAUGAGAGCAGCUGUGGAAAGACUAAAAGUCGAUGGUGAUGAGUCUGAUCUGUCCUCUGACAAUGAUUUUGUUUAUGCAGUUGAUGAGGAUGACGUAAAUAAUUAUGGGUACAAAUAUGCUAAAUACAAGGCGAGGAUUAAGGAGGAACUCAGUGAGGGCAACAGUAGCUCUAAGGAUUUGGAUAAUUAUGGAAGUGAUUGCAGUGGCCAGUGAAACAAGUUGCUGUUGAAAAAUGUGAUUGAGAGAGGACAAUAAUUACAAGUUCUAAGUGUGAAUGAAAAUUUAUUACUUGAUUUACGAUCGAUAAAUUGAAUAUUGCAUUGAAUCAAUCGUAAAAUUUAAUUGAAAAUAAAUAAACAAUUAUGGAUUCAUAUUAAUUUAAUCACAGAGCGUUUAUUCAUGAUUUCCACAAUUCAUUCAUAAUAAAAAAAGAAAAAAAAAAUAUUUAAGAGCAGUCUCAAUCAGACGUGCGAGAAAAAUACCCAAGGAACAAUAACAUUAUUUCAUUCAAAUUGCGCUCAAAAAAUUUCAUGUCUUUUAUCAAUGAAAUAUUCUCCAUCAUUUUUUUUUUUUACCAUAUG